CACAAGAGUUUGCUCUUGAACUUGAAACGUAUUAUUUUUGCAGGCAUUAUCUGCUACUUAAUUAAAUAUUUUCAUUUUUACUAACGUAUAUUUGUUUUGAAACUGUAUAUUGUCGUCAUUUGGUUGCUACAUCAAUUCGAGAUAAGAUAAAUUACAAGGUCAGGAGCACCAAGUAAACUGUUAUUAGCUUAUAAUUAUUCAGUUAAUAUGAAAUCAGUUGUUUAAAUUAACGCCUCGAUGCAAAAUGUCUCUAAGAAACUUGUUUUUAAGAUCUCUUGCACAUCACAAUAAAUUAGUGAAAAUUGCUCCAUGUGUGUCAGCUGUUCAAAACCUUAAAUACAAUAAUUAUGAAGAGAAAAAUGAGUGGUUCUAUUAUAAUAGAAAAAUAGCAACUGCAUUGCUAAGUGCAGUAGUUAUUUCUACAGUUCAAGAUGACCAGAACAGUAAGAAUGAGAAGGAUACUCUCAUUGACGCUGGAGCUAAAAGGCCAGACCUACCAACAUUCAGAGCAGAGGAAGUUAGCAAGCAUGAUAAUAAGGAAAGCUUCUGGGUGAUAUAUAAGUAUGGUGUGUAUGAUGUCACCUCCUUCCUGCCAUCACAUCCCGGUGGAGAGCAGAUCAUGAAUGCUGCCGGAUACAGCAUUGAACCCUUCUGGAACGUGUAUGGAAUGCACAAAACUCAAGAGGUGUACAAGCUUCUAGAAUCUUAUAGAAUUGGAAACCUACAUGAUGAUGAUGUGGCAGACUACAGUGAUGAUGAACUAUGGGUGAAGGAACCAUAUAGAGACAAACGACUGAUCGUCAAAACAGCUAAACCGUUUAAUGCCGAAAUACCCCCCCAAUACCAGAUAGCCCAUUUUGAUACACCCAACGAGCUAUUCUACGUUCGCCAGCACAUGCCCGUCCCCGAGCUAUCAGAGGAGGAGCAUACAGUCACGGUGACCAUUGUGGGUGAUGGCACCAGCACCAUCAGCCUGACCCUGCAGGACAUAGAGCGGUUCCCGCAAGUCACUGUGAGAGCCGCGCUCAUGUGCGCCGGGAAUAGACGGAGUGAAAUGAACAAGGUGAAGCCGGUGAAGGGUCUCAGCUGGCAGGCGGGCGCGAUCAGCUGCGCGACGUGGCGCGGCGCGCUGCUGCGGGACGUGCUGCUGGCGUGCGGCCUCGACCCUCGGGACCCCCGCAACGUGGAGCGACACAUUAUAUUCACAGGUGCGGACAUAGACGCAACGGGCACGCAUUUCAGUACGUCGCUGCCGCUCAACGCGGCGCUGGCGGCAGACGCACAGGUUCUACUAGCGACGCACAUGAACGGCGAGCGACUGCCGCUCGACCACGGGUACCCGCUGCGUGUUGUCGUGCCCGGCGCGCCCGCUGUACGCUCUGUCAAAUGGCUACAGGGCAUAACAAUAUCAACCGAAGAGAGUCCAUCCCACUGGCACCAAAAGGACUAUCGCUCGUUCAACCCGUCCAAGACAUGGGAGACGGCGGACUUCAGCACCGCCCCGCCAGUAUACAGCCUGCCAGUAACGUCGGCGGUGUGCCAGCCGCUAGAUGGCGACACUGUUACUGCUGAUGACGGACACAUAGAUAUCAAAGGAUACGCGUACUCAGGGGGCGGGGCUAAGAUUCUACGUGUGGACGUGAGUCUGAACGGCGGCGCGAGUUGGGAGGAGGCGGAGCUUGUCACUGACCCCGCCCCUCCGCGCCGACACUACGCCUGGGCGCUGUGGAGUGCGCGGUUACGACUGCCAGAUCCUAAGGCCAGUACCGUCGACAUUUGGGUGAAGGCAACAGACAGCAACUUCAAUACUCAGCCAGAGAAUUUCGAUCACAUAUGGAACAUCCGUGGCAUACUCAGUAAUGCUUACAACAAGAUCAAAGUCAAUAUUAAACAUUAGUUUUUUUUUCAUUGAUACAGUACCUCGCGUCAGAUACUCGGUACUGGGCUCGAAUUUUUUCUUACAAUUCAUAUAAGUAGUUAGGGGGGUAUUACAUCAUCAUUUAUAUAUGAUC